GCUCACAGCCGACGGUGCCAGUGGCAGCGGCAGCUCUGGCGGCGCUGUCGACCGCCGCCGCGAUCCGUCCGAAGGGCGCGAGGUCGAAGGUCCGGCGGGCUGCAAUCGGCCGGCGCGGCGGCGUGCUCGCGGGCUUGGCCCCUGCCGCGGUGGCAGCCGUGGCGAAGCCGGCGGCCGCCGCGGAGAAGCUCACGGCGCCGGCCAUGGAGAAGGCCAAGGCUGAGAUCGCGCAGCUCAUCAAGGCCGACGCGAACAAAGGCCCGACGCUGGUCAGGCUGGCGUGGCACUCGUGCGGCAGCUACGACAAGGUCUCGAAGACGGGGGGUUCCGGCCCGGGGACCAUCCGCUUCAAGGAGGAGCUCGCGCAUGGCGGGAACGCGGGGCUCGACAAGGCGGUCGCGUGGCUCGAGCCCGUGAAGCAGUCGAACCCCAGCAUCAGCUACGCGGACCUGUACACGCUCGGCGGCGUCGUUGCCAUCAAGACCCUCGGGGGUCCGGAGGUCCCCUGGCGUGCCGGGCGCGUCGACUCCACGAGCCCCAGCGACGUCACCCCCGACGGCCGGUUGCCGAACGCCGCCAACGGCUCCGUCGAGAAGGACGUCGGCCACCUGAGGGGCGUCUUCUCCCGCAUCGGAGAGCUAAAAAAGGCGCGGACCUGA